UGGAAUGCAGCUGUUACUUGAGAAUGGAGGGAGAAAGAGAUAAAGAAUUAGGACAUUCGCCCAUUCUCGUUCGUUGCACGGCACAAGUUGACCGGAGAAAUGCGGCGGAGCAUGAUACACGACGAUCGUUCGACAUUUCGUCGACGGUCUCGUCAGUGAGACGCCGUGCGAUGUUACGACGCAGCGGCUUGCAAUCAUGGCCGCCCGAUUCAAAUUUUUCGUGCGUUUGGCAUUACGUAGAUGAUACAACAUUCCGAAGAAUCGAAAUUGAGAGAGCGAGGACCUGUAGGACCGAACAAGCAGACGAUCAGACGACGCUAAUAUGCGACGCUCUAAUAUAUCUUGCGACCACAUCACGAAAGUCGCUGUAGUUCCAGUGGACGCAGAUGCUGUACCGGAGGAUCCGGUUCAGGCUUAUGAGAC